GGAGCAGUGGGGCUCCAAUAUAUUUCCAGAAGUCUCCUCCAGACUGGUGAUUAUCUGCCUCUGUUACUGCCAGUGACCAUCCAGGGUGUUUCUCUGGCUGAGAAGGGGUUGGCAUAAUGGCCAAAUGCUUCAGCCUGGUGUUGCUUCUUGCCUCCAUCUGGACCACAAGGCUCCUGGUCACAUCUCUCCGUGUAGAAGAACUUUCCACCUCAGGGCCAUGCAGAAUUAUGGGGGUCACCCUUGUGAACAAAAAGACAGCCCAGCAGCUGAAUUUUGCAGAAGCCCAGGAGGCCUGUAGGCUGAUGGGACUAACUUUGGCCAGCAAAGACCAGGUUGAAGCAGCAUGGAGGUUUGGCUUUGAGACUUGCAGCUAUGGAUGGGUUGCAGAUAAGUUCUUGGUCAUCCCUCGGAUUCUCCCAAACCCCAAGUGUGGGAAGAAUGGGACAGGUGUCCUGGUUUGGAGAAAUUCAGUCAGCAAAAGGUUCUUGGCCUACUGUUACAACUCAUCUGAUACUUGGAUUAACUCAUGCCUUCCAGAAAUUAUCUCCACUAACGACCCCAUAUUCAACACUGAAGAGGCAACGUACAGAACAGAAAUGAUUGUCAGUGACAGUGCAUACUCAGCUUCAACUACUGAUGCACCUUAUUCUGCUACACCUACUCUUGCUCCUACUUCUGCUCUGGCUUCCACUUCUACUCGAAGGAAAAGAAAAUUGAUUUGCGUAACAGAAGGCUUUGUGGAAACUAGCACCAUAUCUACAGAAACAGAAACUGAGUCAUAUACUGAAUAUAAAGCAGCAUUCAAGAAUGAGGCCAUUGGGUUUGGAGGUGUCCCCACGGCUCUGCUAGUGCUUGCGCUCCUCUUCUUUGCUGCUGCAGCUGGUCUGGCAGUUUGCUACGUCAAAAGGUAUGUGAAGACCUUUCCUUUUACAAACAAGAAUCAGCAGAAGGAAAUGAUUGAAACCAAAGUAGUAAAGGAGGAGAAGGCCGAUGAUAGCAACCCUAAUGAGGAAUCAAAGAAAACUGAUAAAAAGCCAGAAGAACCCAAGAGUCCACCCAAAACUACAGUGCGAUGCCUGGAAGCUGAAGUUUAGAAGUUUAGAAGAAAAAGAAAUGAGAGGACACAUUUCCUGAUACAUAUCCUGGCCCCAGAUGGGGAAAGUUAAAGGGCCGAAGAACCAAACAAGAAAGUCCACCCUUGGUUCCUAAAUGGAAUCAACUCAGGGCUACCUUUGGACUAUGGAGUUCACCAAAUGGAAUUCCCUUCUUCUUACUGCAAUCCUUUCUGGAUCCUAUCCUCCUACCUCCAAAGCUUCCCACAGCCUUUCUAGCCUGGCUAUGUCCUAAUUAAUAUCUCUGUGGGAGAAAGGAGCUUCGCAAAGCACAGGGACCUAAAACAGCUAAUCAGAACACAUUUAUAAAGAGGCUUCUUAGUUGGCUGAGAACAGGUGAGUUGAGAACCAAGAAACCACCGAGACUAAGGCUUUCUCUAUUGACUCCACAGGUCAGAUCCUUUCCUCACUCUGAAAAGGUAACAUACAUCAUCUGGCACGCCCUUCUGAGCCAGGCAAGAACAAAAGAAGGAAAGAAAAGUUCAGCAUCUGAAGACCAUGGAGAUUCCCAUGACUUGAGACCUGAUCUCUGUAAAGCCAAAAUAAGUAGAGAAAAAGAAUGAGGCCAAGGAUGUUGUCAGCAUAUUGUCAGCAGGGACUCCAAAUACAGAUAGGGUCAAAGUAGUCACCUCUGAAUAAUCUGAGUCGGAAUCACUUUUUCGAAUACACACACACUUUCUUUUCUUUCUCUUGCUGCUAUUUUCUCUAGAAGUAUACACUUUUACAAGGAACCAAAACAAA